CGAUUGGCUUCCAAUGCUCACCCUCUCUUUAGCCGUCGCCGCGGCGGCGGAGAACGAGCCGCACUAUCACAACGGGAAGCUCACGCGCUACGAGAUUGGCCCGCCCUCGGUGCUGCUCUCGCGCUCCGACGAGGAGCGGCUCAGCUCGGGGAAGCCGGUGAUGCAGGCGAUGGAGACGGGAAUUGUUGGCGCGCGGCGGCUGCUCAUGGUGCAGGAUAUCGCUGCGCCGCCGAACGUCGUGAUGGACCGCAUCAUGGACUUGGCGCACUACGACAAGAUGGUGGACGGGGUGACGCGGAAUGUGGAGUACAACCGCGAGCAGGAGGGAGGGCUGCAGAGGAUCAAGACGACGUACGACAUCGCGGUGCUGCACAUGAAGAUGAGGUACUUCAUGGAGCACGAGUACGACCCGGAGAAGCGGUGCAUGACCUUCCACCUCGACUACUCUCGCCGCUCCGACAUCGACGACUCCGUCGGAUACUGGUACGUCGAGCCGGGGGCGGGGCGGGCGAGCUCGCGGGUGUACUACUCGUGCGAGUGCAAGCUGCGCGGCUGGGUGCCGUCUCCCGUGUACAAUGUGCUGACGAAGGAGGCGCUCUCCAAGGCCACGACGUGGGUGGCCAAGGAGUCUGUCAAGGAGUGGCGCAACCAGCAGCAAAACGACGGGCUGCUCCAGUUUGUGACGGGCCCCCCCCCCGACAGCCGCCCCACUUUGUCUCCCGAUUCGUCGGCGAGCGGCGUGCCGCCGCCGUCCGCUUCGUCAGCAACCGCCGGAUUGGACGGAAGCUCGCUGCCGCGCCGAGCGCGCCGCUCUGAGCCGCCGCCGCCGCGGCGUCGCGAUUUGAACUCACGAAGAGGACCCUUCCAUGUGUGUCGCGUGCGUCUCGAGGGUUGGCGAGGCGAGGGGGCUGGAGCCUUUCUCUACUCUGGGAUGUGGGGGGAGUACGGCUACGGGAGAGGGGGAAAAGUGCGCCGGAGCCCGGACGAGUAUAGGCGGACGAGAGAGGCAGACGCACACGCAACAUUAUGGCAUACUUUCACGAUCACGUUUCACUUUCUCUACGCUACUGCCCUAU